AGCUGUUUAAAGCAAAUCAGCCAAUUUUUUUUUUCCACUUCUAUCUUCUUUUUUCCUUCUUUCAACCUUAUGCAUAUUGAAAUAGCUCAAGCAGUUGACUUUUUAGGCAGACUCUUACAGUCCAAAGUAGAGCAGGACAUUAUUAGUCGCUUUAAAGACAUGUUGACUAAAUUGCUUGUGGUUCGUUUUCAAGAUCACUGGGACACACAUCAACCUUAUAGAGGUAAUGGCUUUAGAGCCCUUUCCAACUUUAAUGGACAACUAGACCCUAUUCUUGCUCAAGCUGCUAUGAAUGCUCAUAUUCAGCCUAAUACGAUCCAUGUCCAUCUUCCCCGUGAUUUUGUGUUGUGGAUUGACCCAUUUAGUGUAUCUUACCGAGUAGGAGAUCAUGGUAAUAUCAUGACUCUAUUUGAAGAUCGCUCUCGUGGCAGAGUGACCUUAAAAUUAGAUCCUGCCAUUGUCACCUCUUCUUUGUCUCCUUCUAUUCAGCCUAGAACAUCCACACCCAUUCGUAUCUCUCCACCCAAUAGCCCUGAUACUAUUGCUUUGCUUAAUAAGCCCCAAAAAAAGAAGGAUGAAAAGCACAAGGUGAUUUUGGCGAACUAGUUUCAUUUUUCUUUUGCAUUUCUUUAUUAUUCUCAUUCUCAUUAUUGUACA